AUGCCGUCGGCCAUGAUGGUGUACACCCUGGUGGUGGUGUCUUACUUCCUCAUUACUGGAGGAAUAAUCUAUGAUGUUAUUGCUGAACCUCCAAGUGUUGGCUCAAGGACUGAUGAACGUGGACAUCAGAAACCGGUAGCUUUCUUGGCUUGCAGAGUAAACGGACAGUAUAUUAUGAAAGGGCUUGCAUCUAGCUUCCUGUUCACAAUGGGAGGUUUAGGUUUCAUAAUUCUGGGCCGUUCCAAUGCUCCAAAUAUUCUAAAACUCAAUAGGUUUCUUCUUCUCUUCAUUGGCUUUGUGUCCUGUUGAGUUUCUUCAUGGCUAGAGUAUUCAUGAGAAUGAAAUUGCGGGGCAAC